AUGUCUUUGCUGACGGUGAACGACAGAUUGACGCUUGGAGACAAGUUCAAGGGGACUGUGAGGUAUAUCGGAAAGAUAAAGUCUAAGGACGGGAAGUGGAUAGGGCUGGAGCUGGAUGAUCCCGUGGGAGCUAAUGAUGGGAGUGUGAAUGGAGUAAAGUACUUUCACUGCAAAGACAGGCAUGGGAUAUUUAUACGGUACGAGAAGAUCCGAGGGGGCCUUGUCUGCGAAUCCAAAGGCAUGGAUGGAGACGGCGAGGUACCUCAGGACAGAAUUCACUUCUAUGAGUCGAAGAUAAGAAGGCUGGAGGAAACGAUUGAGGCGCUUAAAAGCACUGAGAAAGAGGAAAUAGUUGAACUCAGGAGAGAGAAUGAGGAGAUAAAGAAGAUUAUCCUUUCACUUCGGGAAAGAAUAGGCUCUGAGGAGCCAGAAAGAAAUGGAUCGCUCUACUCUGAAUUAAAGGAGUUUGUGAAGAACAGCAGAAGGCAGGUGUAUGACAUGGUUGAGCUUGUUUCUGACAUAAGUGAGAUUCUGAAUAGAAAUAGAUCGAUACAAAGGAGCUCUGUUCGGGAGUGCGAGAGACAUAGGGUCAUGUUCUUAGUCAACGGGAUCAUUGAUGGGGUUCUUGACGAGAACGCAGGGGUGGUUGAGCGCCUUAGGAGGGAGUUUGUGAGUAUAAUGAAGAGCCAUGGAAUAAAUGUUGAAUAG